CCGACACCUUCUUUUUAUAACUCGCCUCUGUCCCCCUCCGCUCGACCUGUCAAAACCACGCCUAUGGAGCCACACAAUUGGUCCGGACGCGUCAAAGAGCCAAUCAAGUAUGCCGCAGCUGCCCUGCAACCCCACAACACAUCCAUACAAUCCGGGCGCAGCGAAGCAGCCAAGCUCAAACACACAUCUACGCACACACACUCGCUCACACGCACACGCACCGGGGGAUUCGCCGAGCCGAGCGCGCCGCUUUCUCUUGCUCCCUCUCUCGUUCCCUCCCUCUCUCUCUCUCUCUCUCUCUUUCUCUUUGCCCCCUGUUCCCUUCCAGGAGCCGAGAGCCAUCGAAGGCACCCGUUCUUUCCAAAUCGUACCGGUUCGUCGCUUUGAUUCGUAUCUAUUUUUUGGGGUGUGUUUUUUUUUAAAGCACUGAAGGGGGAAAAAAAGAGUGAAAAGGGAGGAGAGGAGGAGGAAGAAGACGUCGACGGAGAGAGAGAGAAAGAGAAAGAGAGAGAGAGAGAGACGCUUUGCUGGAAUCCUAACUUUGGCAAAGGCAGCUCGUGAGGGGGAGGGGGGGGUUGAAACGGAAGCCACAUUGCGCUACAACUUUUGGCUGCUGCUGCUCGUGAGAAGCCUGAUUAGAAGGAGAGACUGCUCUAAUUCAUAAUUUCGCUUCUCCCUCCCUCCCUCUCUCUCUCUCUCUCUCUCUCUCUGUCUUUCUAUAUACAGUUCAGCAGCUUAGCUGCUGGAAAAUACUACCACUACUACUACUACUACAACUAAUAUACAUAACAUACAUAAAGGCGAGGAGCUUUAAGGAGGAGCAAGGUAAACAAACCAGCCCCGGACACCGACUCUUCUACCGCUUUCAAGAUUUGCAACAAAAGACACCCGCCAGGAGAGAAGCCGCCUCCGCAACCACCGACCGACCGACUCACCUACCUACCUGCACCUCUGAAAUCGCCACCUUCUGGUGUCACCUCCAUCUCUUUUUACGCAGAAGUGGGGGCGACCGCUUGGCCGGCUCGCGCUCUUCCUGGAGAACCCUUCCAAAUAUACUCACCCUCCCCCAUUUAAUCUCUCUCUCUCUCUCUCUCUCUCUCUCUCUCUCUCUCUCUCUCUCUCUCUCUCUCUCUCUCUCUCUCUCUCUCUCUCUCUCUCUCUUUUUUUUAAGCAAUCGAUAGCAGAAGCUUCCUCCCUGGGCGGCGGGGUGGGAUAGAAACGCGGCAGCUCCUCGGCUCCGUGCGACCAUGCCUCCUAGCUUGAAUUCGGGUUCGGGGACUCUCUAGCGACUGCGUAUGUCACGUUCCGACAACCCACCCCACCCCGGUCUGGUCACUCGCCUCCCUUCCCCCCCCUCUUCCGACUCCCUCCUUCUCCUCCUCCUCUUCCUCUCCUUCUGUGAAUCGCUCGCCCCGAAGAUGAGCUGUUAAAGGGCCGCUCCAGAAAUCCGGGAACUGUUCAGGCCGCUGCAAGAGGGAAGCCGUUUUUCGGAUGAACAUCUCCAUGAGAGAGCCCGUGAUUUCUGGGACAGGCAUGGCUUACCACCCGUUCCUACCUCACCGGGCACCGGAUUUCGCCAUGAGCGCCGUGUUAGGAGGACACCAGCCGCCGUUUUUCCCGGCUCUGGCUUUGCCCCACAACGGGGCGGCGGCUCUCUCGCUGCCGGGCGCUUUGGCCAAACCGAUUAUGGAUCAGUUGGUGGGGGCGGCGGAUUCGGGCAUCCCUUUCUCGUCCUUGGGACACCAGGCGGCGGCUCACCUCCGGCCUCUGAAGACCCUGGAGCCGGAGGAAGAGGUGGAGGACGACCCCAAAGUCCAUCUGGAAGCCAAGGAGCUCUGGGAACAGUUUCACAAAAGGGGCACCGAGAUGGUGAUCACCAAGUCGGGAAGGAGAAUGUUUCCACCUUUUAAAGUGAGGUGCACGGGGCUGGAUAAAAAGGCCAAAUACAUUUUAUUGAUGGACAUUGUGGCGGCUGAUGAUUGUAGAUAUAAAUUCCACAAUUCCCGGUGGAUGGUAGCAGGCAAGGCGGAUCCAGAAAUGCCAAAGAGAAUGUACAUCCAUCCGGAUAGUCCAGCGACAGGCGAACAAUGGAUGUCUAAAGUCGUGACUUUCCACAAACUUAAACUGACUAAUAAUAUUUCGGACAAACACGGAUUUACCAUCUUGAACUCUAUGCACAAAUACCAGCCUCGGUUCCACAUUGUCCGGGCCAACGACAUCCUCAAACUGCCUUACAGCACCUUCCGAACUUACGUUUUCCCGGAGACCGAAUUUAUCGCUGUUACUGCAUACCAGAACGAUAAGAUAACUCAAUUAAAAAUUGACAACAACCCUUUUGCCAAAGGCUUUCGGGACACAGGAAAUGGGAGGCGAGAAAAAAGAAAACAGCUGACCCUCCAGUCCAUGAGAGUUUAUGACGAGAGGCAGAAAAAGGAAAACGGAACAUCUGAUGAAUCUUCAAGUGAACAGACAGCGUUUAAGUGUUUUGCCCAGUCAACAUCUCCCGCUGUAUCUGCUGUGGGCACCUCUAAUCUUAAAGAUUUGUGCCCCAGCGAUGGAGAAAGCGACUCAGAGAGCAAAGAGGACCCCUCGGAGGUCAAUGACUUGGGCAAAAUCUCCACCACCACUGCUACCACCACCACUGCGGCGGCCAACAGCAGCUCCUCAGCGGUUGGAGGAGGGGGCGAAGCACGGGAGAAGAACAGCCCCCCGAAGGGACAGCUCUUCCCCCCAGACUCGGCGGGCAGCAGGAGCAGCGCCUCCAAGGCCCGGCCGGACUCCAGGCACAGCCCUGCUGCCAUCUCUUCCAGCACGCGAAGCCUGGGCGGGGAAGAGGUCAAAAGCCCCCCACGGGAUGACUGCCGGGCCAAGGAGCCCUUUGCGCCACUGACGGUGCAGACGGACAGCGCCGGGCACCUGGCCCAGGCCCACUUGGCCAACCUGACUUUCCCCCAUGGCCUGGCCGGGCAGCAGUUCUUCAACCCGCUGGGCAACGGGCACCCCUUGCUCUUGCACCCCAGCCAGUUCGCCAUCGGUGGCGCCUUCUCCGGCAUGGGCCCUCUACUAGCCACAGUCUCCGGCGCUUCGGCCGGAGUUACCGGGCUGGAUAACACUGUGAUGGCCGCCACUGCGCAGGGAUUAUCUGGAGCGGCUGCAGCGGCAGCGGCUUUGCCGUUUCACCUUCAGCAGCAUGUCCUGGCCUCGCAGGGCUUGGCCAUGUCUCCUUUUGGAAGCCUCUUCCCCUACCCGUAUACGUACAUGGCCGCGGCCGCCGCGGCGUCGUCGGCAGCCAGCAGCUCGGUGCACCGGCACCCUUUCCUCAGCGCCGUGCGUCCUCGACUGCGCUACAGCCCUUACUCCAUCCCGGUGCCCUUACCGGACAGCAGCAGCCUGCUCACCACCGCCUUGCCCUCCAUGGUCGGCGGAACGGAGGGCAAAGCCGGCGGCUUGGCUUCUAGCCCGGCCUCGGGAGCCUUGGACUCCAGCUCGGAACUCAACAGCCGCUCGUCCACUCUCUCCUCCGGGUCGGUGGUCUCGCUGUCCCCCAAACUCUGCCCGGACAAGGAAUCCUCCUCCACCAGCGAGAUCCAGAACAUCCAACGCUUAGUGAGUGGACUGGAAUCCAAACAGGACAGAGCGAGGAGUGGGUCUCCCUAGGGAGGGCUGGGGGAGGGGGGCUUCCCUCGCUCGCCUUCCUCUGGGAUGGGGACCCCUAUAUUCCUCUCCCCCGCCCUAAUUUCUUACCACUUGCUAGAACUCACCCCCCCCCUCUCUCUCUCUCUCUGCUACCUCUGGGUCUGAUCCGCUGAGGCUGUCCUGGGCCCGAGAGAGGAAAGGAGGGGGGGUAACUGGACUGGGGGGGGCGGUUGGAAGCUGCUAUUAACCAGACUGUGGUGUUCAUUGGAGGGGUUACGGUGGGAGACAUGGAGGUUUUGCCCGUUGGCUUUCUCCACACCCUUCCUUUUGUUCCUGCCUCCCCUUGUAUACACAAUAAAGAGAGAGAGAGAGAGAGAGAGAGAGAGAGAGAGAGAGAGAGAGAGAGAGAGAGAGAGAGAGAGAGAGGAGAAGAGGCAAAGAAACAAUCACAUUUUCUUUCUACUCUCACGGAGAAAUGACUUUUUGCAUAUCAGUUCAUUAAAACAUCAAAACAAAAACUGCUGACCAGGGCCCUUGUUUGUUAAGGGAGGGUGUGACCCUUUAAGGCUCUUGUGAUGUCUCUCAACCGCCAUAGGGCUGUUUUUGCAUGUUCCAUUCUAACUCUUACUUUUGGAAUUGUUUUUUUUUUUUUUAAUGCUUGCUUAAGAUCCCAGAGACAUCUUUUUCAACCCUCUCUUAUGCUCCUCUCCUUCCAGUAGCAACAAUUCAAAAUGUAGUUAGAGGGAGAGAGUGUCAUUAUUUUUAUUUUAUUUUUUUUUAAAAAGAAAAAGGUUCGUAACUAUCUUGUUUCCCCUGCCCCCAGUUUCCCCCCUUUCUUUUUACUGUAUAUGCAAUAACAAGGUUUAUAAACAUAAUAAGGUGAAGGAAAAAAAAAGCAAAGUGGACACUAUUGAUAAAGUAUUUAUGUAAUUAAUGGAUAACUUGUAAAUAAGUGGCAUAUGAAUACUCAAAAUUAAAAUUUAAUUUAUUGAUAUUGUA